UGAUUUUGUUUUAUUUGCUCUCCCGUGCUAUUCUUCCUGUUAAUAGUGACAAAGUGACGGUGCAUAAACCCCACAGAGAGAUUCCAUCCAAGAGCGAUUAUUGAACCUUAUAAACAUCGAAAAGUUUGAACCAGAAAUUUGAGCAGAAGAGAGGAUAAAAUGGCUCGGAGAGUUUCUACUCUCAUUCUCUCUCUGUGCUUCUCGUUUUGUUUCGGCGCAAUCUCAUCUCAGAAAGAAGAAUAUGACCCCACGACCGAAACCAUGGAGUCGUUUUCAGGUUACCAAAUUCACGAGCCUCCGUUGGAGGGUUAUUUUUCUUCACUCGCAGUAGACAUUGAAAGUCUGCAACGAGAGAUUGAUGAGCUAUCAACUUUCUCUGAUACACCUGCACCUUCAGUUACAAGGAUCCUUUACAGUGAGAAGGAUGUGCUGGCAAGGAGGUACAUUAAAAAUUUAAUGGGCCUUUCUGGUCUUGCUGUCAGAGAGGAUGCUGUUGGGAACAUCUUUGGUCGAUGGAUUGGAUCCGAGCCAAAUCUGGCUCCUGUUUCAACAGGUUCUCAUAUUGACGCGAUACCAUACUCGGGGAAGUAUGAUGGAGUUGUUGGUGUCUUGGGAGCCAUUGAAGCCAUUAAUGUACUAAAGAGGUCUGUAGAAAAUGUGUUCUUCUUAUCCCAGAUUACUUACUUAAUUCAGACCGCCUCAUUUAAAUUAAAGGUUAACAGGUCUGGCUUUAAGCCUAAGAGAUCAAUGGAGGUCAUCAUGUUUACAUCAGAAGAGCCAACACGAUUUGGGAUUAGCUGCUUGGGAAGCCGAUUAUUGGCCGGCAGCGAGGAACUUGCAGGUCUUCUUAAGAAGACAGUGGACGGUCAAAAUGUAUCUUUUUCUGAUGCUGCUAAGCUUGCUGGGUACACAUACAACAAGGACUUGUCAAGCGUGUUUCUAGAAAAAGGGAGCUAUUCGGCUUUUGUUGAGUUGCACAUAGAGCAAGGCCCUAUUCUGGAAGAGGAAGGAAUAUCAAUUGGUGUUGUGACUGCCAUUGCUGCCCCAGCUAGCAUCAAAGUGGACUUUGAAGGCAAUGGAGGCCAUGCUGGAGCUGUUCUAAUGCCCAAAAGAAACGAUGCAGGACUGGCUGCUGCGGAAUUAGCACUUGCUGUUGAGAAACAUGUGUUGGAAUCUGGGUCCAUCGACACUGUUGGAACAGUUGGUAUUCUGGAGCUGCAUCCUGGAGCAAUAAACAGCAUACCUAGCAAAUCACAUCUUGAGAUUGAUACUCGUGACAUUGAUGAAAAGAGGAGGAAUCUUGUGAUUGAGAAAACCCAUCAAUCUGCCCUCAGCAUAUGUAAAUCUCGCAAUGUAAAGCUCUCGGAAUUUAAGAUUGUGAAUCAAGAUCCACCUGCAUUGUCCGAGGAUUUGAUCACCAAGGCAACAGAAUCUGCUUGUCAAGAACUGAAAUUGUCUUACAAGAAGAUGAUUAGUAGAGCCUAUCAUGAUUCCCUCUUCAUGGCCAGAAUAUCUCCCAUGGGCAUGAUUUUCAUUCCAUGUUAUAAAGGGUAUAGCCAUAAGCCUGAAGAAUUUGCAGCACCACAAGAUCUUGCAAAUGGGGUCAAAGUUUUGGCACUAACACUCGCCAAACUGUCUCUUUCGUAAUGCGUUCAACUGAUUUCUGAAAUAUGCUUAUGUAAAUUAUGAACUCUUCUACCACAUUUUUGAUACAUUUUUCGACUCUUUAUCUGCAUUUAUGAAACCAGGCAUAUUUUUUUGGGUCAAUUCACAUUUGCAUAUGCGUUAUAUAAAGGAAAACAGAGACAGAGCCAGAUAUCAUUACGACCUUAAGACAACAAGGUCAAAUAUAAUUACAGUCAGUUCUAUUAUCUGUGUGGGCAUGUCAUUUUUCACCUAGUCUGAAACUAGGGAUUUCUAUUUUCAAGUAAACAUUAGCUUUUAGGAUAUAAAAAGAUCGAUAUUACACCAAACUUCCCUAUUUAAUAUCUUUCUCCGUUUGAAGACUUAUCGUCCUUUGACUCUGCGUGAUCAAAAUGAUCUGAUCAUGAAUGAUGAGAGACGGGGGAUAUUGUACAUACCAGAAACUUAUUUCUAUCUGCCUCUUCUUUCUCAAUGCGUG